AUGGGAGGAUUAGAAAGAUUAGAGGAGGAGGCGCAAGAGAAGACAAAAGAAGUAAUACAGUGGGACGAAGAGAGUAUCAAGAAGUAUAAGGAGAAAGCAGAAGAGGUAGAGAUGAAGGGAGAAGAAGUGGAGGACGUAUGGGAAAACUUGAAGAAGGCAGUAGAAAAAAGUAUGGUAAGGAAAAGGAUCAAGAUAAGGAGGAAAAAAAUAGGUGAGAAGGAUUGGUGGGAUGAGAAAUGUAAGAAAAAGAAGAGGGGGCUGAAGAGGACAUACAAAAGAUGGAGAAUGCGGAAAGAAGGAAAGGAGAAAUAUGUGAGACUAAGAAAAGAAUUUAGGGAGAUGUGUAGAAGGAAGGAAGAAAAAAGACUAGAGAAAUAUGAGGAAGAAGUGAGAAGCGCGAAAACGGAAGAGCAAAUAUGGAAGAUAAUAUACAAGGAAAGGAAGAAAAGAGUACUCAUCGAGGAAGAUAUAGAGAUGGAGGAAUGGGAGAAAUAUUUUAUGUAA